AUGGAUGUUGUCAAAACCUUAGAUCUGAAAAACCCAAUAAUCUCCAAUGGUCGCGAUUCACCGCCACCACUAUUAAGUCGUCGGUAUAUUUAUCUUCCUGCACCUCUUUUUGUGUUUCUCUCUCUAGGAAUACCUAGAUCUGAAGAAACCCAACAAACCAGUGUUGGCAAAAUCGCCAGGCUUCCACUAACAACCAUCGGAUCUAACCCGUCGACUACAUAUUGGCUUUCAGUUUUAGUGUUUACAUCUGUCUUCAUCUCCGACAACUCUUUAUCUCUCACAAUCUAUCAACAUGUUUCCGGUUUGUGUGUUUGA